UCUCACCUUUAUUCCUCCUAUUCCUCUUCUUUUACUAUUUCUAUUCUAUUAUUUUUAUUAUUCUAAUAAAAGUAGUUACAUCCAGGACAUCCGGGUAAGGAAUGAGGAUGCCAGUUUGGAAAAGCCAAUGUGUCUGAGGAGGACAUGGUCGUCUACAACAUUCCUUCUUUCAAAAGAAUGAAAUUAAUUGAUGAAAAGAUAACCCCUCUGUAUCUUUUGUGUCUUGUGCCCUUUCUGUUCCUGAGAUUAGGUCCGCUCACAGUUACCUCUCUUUUCUCUUUUCAUUCCCUCUCUCCAUCAUCUCUACUUAGCUCAUACAACCCUUGUGUCCACAUUGUGAGUACUUUUUUUUUCUUUUUUUGGCCGCCAGCCGUCUGUCUGACCGACUUAGUGAGCAAAACAAGCCAGCACCAAAGGCAACCUGGCAGUUUCUCUUCCACACCCCUAUACCUGCCAUAUUUUAUAAUACGAGAAUCGCUCCCAAAGAACUGCUCUAAUAUCACCCACCUCAGAGACAUAGACAGCACAGGCGCAAGUUCAUCUUUCUUUUUCUACUGAAUUCCUCUGCAGUCAUGUCCAACAACAUCAAGGUCGUUUGUCGAUUCCGUCCACAGAAUGCUCUCGAAAUCAGAGAGGGUGGUCAGCCUAUUGUCUCAUUCGAUGACAAUGGUCAAUCCGUCAAAGUAGAGGUAAAUAAUGUUGCUA